AUGGGUCGCACACAACCGCCUGUUUCUUCCAUGACCACGUGUCCCGUUGGUUGGACUCGAGUGAAUGGCCAGUGUUAUCUUGCUGCUCCGGUCGGGGUACGACGCAGUUGGUUGGAUGCGGAACAGGCAUGUCAGGAUGCGACCAAAUUGAUCCCGUCCGCUCCGGGUUUGAUCUAUGCCGGUCAUUUGGCCUCCGUGCAUUCAGUCGAAGAGCAAACGCAACUUGUGAACCUGUCGCCGGCAGCAUCCACAUGGUUUGCUAACAUACCCAACAAAUCAGUUCACUUUGUUUGGAGCGAUGCGUCACCGGUGGACUAUCUGAGCUUAUCCGUGGAACAGUUACGCCAAGUUCUCCCACAAUCCUCCUGUCUGAGUGUGGGCGAAUCCACUGGGGUCGCGUGGACUCCACUCGACUGUUACCAACCCCGGUCGUAUAUUUGCCAGUUGACAAUUGUUCGACAAGUCGAGUCCGUACUCACAGUCCCGGACUCUGAGGAGGACAUUAUGUAA